UGUCAACAACAAACGUUCUGCAGCUCAGUCUCAUUUUCUUUGUGCACUUUCUUUGUGGAGCAAAUUUUCGCUUUUUUGUAACAUAAAUUCUUAUCGUACGGUUACGAAAAUUGUUUCAUCCUCUUCGUUUAUAGUUUAACCGGAUUGUGGCCAUUGGCAGUUCUCAGAAGGCGCUACUAAUGUUAGCUAGCUGAAUUCUGCGGCUCUGUCGGAAACUUUUUUGUACAAUGGCGAAACGUCUUGGUCCCGGUCCACCAGCAGGAAAUGGAGCAAGCAAUCCUUCGUCAGGUCAAAACGACCAUCUCAGAGAGACCAUCAGCGAUGUGUUCCGGUGCUUCAUAUGUAUGGAAAAGCUGCAGGAGGCCCAUCUUUGUCCGCACUGUUCGAAACUAUGUUGCUAUCUUUGCAUUUCCCGCUGGUUAACGGAACAACGUCGACAGUGUCCCCAUUGCCGAGCAACGCUGCAUGUGUCCGAUCUAGUAAACUGCCGCUGGUUUGAAGACGUUGCCGUUCACAUUGAGAACCUCCAACAAAUUUGUCAGAACAUCAAGUCAUCAAACCUCAAUCAUCGCGAUCAAGAUCAGUGUCCGACUCACAAGGAGAAGUUAAGCGUGUUUUGUUGGACCUGCAUGAAGUGUAUUUGUCACCAAUGCGCUCUCUGGGGCGGAACCCAUUCUGGACACACCUUCAAACAAUUAGAGCUUGUAUAUGAAACUCACCUUGCACAGGUAAAAGAAGAACAGCAGCAGCUCAAAAGUCGCUUAUUAGAGUUGAUUAGCCUAGUACAAGACGUCGAACAAAAUGUGAACACCGUCCGCAGUGCUAAAGACGAACGUGUCAGUGAAAUGAGGACUGCUGUAAAUUUAAUGGCAGGCCGGCUCGAGUCACAACUGAAAGGUAAAUUCGGAACCCUGAUGGACCGAAAAACUUCAUUAACCCAAGAAACUGAACAACUUGAACAUCUACUGCAAGAAAUUGAACAUCAACUGAACACAUGCUCCAAAUCCCAGCUAAUAAUGAAAUCUGCCGAACUGCUGAAGAUGAUAAACCAAGUGCGCACAAAACCAAUGACCAGUUAUGUAACCGCACCGGUGGCAGCUGAUUUUAUAAGUGAAAUCGUGCCAGCUUACGACACGGGAGUAUUUAUUAUGCAAAAUUUUACAAAACUUCAAAAGAAGGCUGAACCAGUGUAUUCCAACCCGCUUUACGUGAAUGGGCUGUGCUGGAGACUAAAAGUUUAUCCUGGGGGCAACGGUGCCAUGCGCAAAGAAUACCUUUGCGUAUAUUUAGAACUGACUGUAGGAUAUCCAGAAGCAAGCACAUAUGAAUACCGAUUACAAAUGAUUCACCCGAAUUCAUCAAAAAUAAUCCAACGAGAAUUUGUAUCCGACUUCGAGGUUGGUGAAUGUUGGGGAUAUAAUCGAUUUUGUCGACUGGAUGCCCUAGCUGAGGAAGGAUAUUUGAAUACGAUCAAUGAUACUCUAGAACUGCGAUACCAAGUAAGGCCAACCACAUUUUAUCAGAAGUGUCGUGACCAACAGUGGUACAUAAACAAUCUGCUGAGAACCCAAGCACUUCACUUAACAGAGAUUAAGACUCUCAGCGAACGGUUAACACGAACCGAACGAAUGCUGGGACAAAACACUUCGAAACAGGCAUCUUCCAUGGAAAUAGCACCUCAUAAAUCGCACAGCGCCUCGGAUGCUAUUUCGCCAGCUUCGUACAAUAGUCGUAGAUUAAAUGUCAAACACUUCUUAAAACUCAAUUCCAGUAGUACAAGACGUUCGUCAAAUAAUGAGACACCAUCUAAAAGUCCUAUCAAUCAUUCAAACACAAACUAUGGUCAUACAUCUGCAGACGAAUUUAGUGCCCUUUUGUCAUCGCUUCAAAUGCAAUCAUACAAUGUCGCCUCUGGGAGUGGAACUUUGGCAUCGCAUCGCAAAGAAUCUCAAUCGAAGACACUCGUUAAAGUUGGACCAAGCUCCAGUACGUUUGUAGGACCGAAAAAUACACAGCUAUCAGUUUCACAAUCUUCGCCAAAUUUGCAAUCCCACCAUAGUCAUUCCGGUACAGAUUCGGAUGACGAGUUUGGUACCGAUCGUAACGAGAAUAACAGUAAUGAUAGGAAUAUUCGAAAAUUAAACACUGCCGAAAUACAUAUAUCUUUCGAAGACGCCAGUUCUUUCGACGACAAUGAAGUUGAUCCAGAGGAAGUUUUAUCGGGAGAAAAUGAUGUGGAGUACGCCGAGCUGUCAAUGACCCAGAGAUUGCCAACAAAAUCAAACACAAAUGUGGCAGAUUCCAGUAACAUAGCCAAUGCUAGCCAGUCCUCAGUUGUCAGCGGAUCUGUGACUGAAGACACAACUGCCCUGGACGAAGAACUUAUGCUGUUAACCUUGUUUGAUGACACUCCGUUAAACUCGGCUUCUCUAAACGAAAGUGGGUCGGUUUUAAGCAACCAAACAGGUCGCACAUCCAUCCGUCAGCCGGUAAUAUCUGCCAGCGUGUUCGAAAGUCUGUUAGAGCCACCUAGGUUGAAUGCCAUACCACUAACUGUGAAUGAUUCGGAUUCGACUGAAAGCAACUCCAACUCCGCUACCACGUCCAUUAAUGGUGAAGACAACAAUUUAGUAUGGAAUUCUCAGAAACCGUAUGAUCGAUUUGAUCGAAUGUUGAAUAAUAUUCAAUUAAUGGAGAAAGCGGCCACGGGUGCAUCGUCAACAUCAAAUACGUCAAAUGCAGUCAACAGUCGUGUGUCAGAACAAACCACGGAUGCUAGUUGGUCUGUUCCGGUAUCAAGAUCAAACAGUACAAGUGAAAGGAAGGUUGGUCAAAGCCACGCGCUUUAUGACGCACUUUCUUCUUCUGCCAGGAAUCGUAAACGGGAACGUGACUGGGAUGCACAACAACGGAACAACCUAUCUCUCAGUACAAAUCGAAGUGAUUCACCAUUGCACAUGGAUGUAAACCAGUGUAUAAACUUAGAUGCAUCAGCCAGCAAUCCCAACUCAUCAAAAAAUUGGGUGGGAAUAUUAAACCUCGAUAGAACCAAUGUGCCAUCGACUUCGAAGGAUUACCACAAGCAUAUUGCUCAUGAUACUAGUUUCUGGACAAAUGUAUUCUUUCCGUCCACAAGUUCGGAAGGCAUUGGACAACAACUUCAACAGAUGGAUCAAGAGUUGAGAAAUCCUAGCAUUCAGCUAGACAAUUCCGGAAAAUCAUCACAAAUAUCUGCGCAAGCGGCCUGUGCGGUCAAUAAUCCAUCAGGCUCACAAUCAGAUGUGGGACGUUUAAAAGUGAACUAUUUUAAAAAACUGAAGAAGAUUAAAAACACUCUCAAUGGGAAUAUAGAAUUGGAAAAUGUUGCCAAUGAGAGCUCGCGGGGUACUUCGACAUCUCAGAUCAAUAAAAAUGGAAGCUUAUCCGACGAAGAAACAUGCCAUGAAUAAUUGUAACAGAACAUAAAAUGCUGAUUUUAUUUAUACCUACCAUUUUAAACAUAUAUUUCAUAAACACAAUAUUUAGCUAGUCUGAAAUACGUAGUGGAAAUUUUUAAACAUAUGAUAUACUCCCAAUAUUAGACAAAAUUUAUUGACUGAGGUGAAUCGAUGAAUUCGCAAGCGACUGAUAUAUUGUAAACUGUCGUCCUAAUACAUUCAAACUAAAGAUAUCAAA